AUGUCUUGGAGAAACGCUGCAAGUUCUAAUUGCACGCGAGCUCGCAAGCCAAUGGUCUCAGCGUACUAUUACAGUAAUUCAUCAAUUCCCGUUGGAUAUUUUGGUACCACAAUACGAAGAAGACCAGUGGGGUUUGGUUUCGAAGCUCCAUUCCAAAACCGAAGGAAUUUUACGAACAGUCGCGAGCGUUGGAGACAACAUCACGUCAACAUGGCGUUUGGCGAGCUGAGGAAGCUCCUGCCUACCUACCCUCCUGAUAAAAAACUCUCCAAACACGAAAUUCUGAAACUGUCCAUGAAAUACAUCUCAUUCUUAAGCGGUGUGUUAAAAGGAAUGGAUUCAAACCAAGCCGAGUUUUGCCCUGAUUGUGUUAUAGAUCCAUCAAAGUGUUCCCCGAGUUCAAGCUCUGCUACUUCCAGUAGCGAUGGCAUUUUAUCAGCAAGAUUAGAUUUGGAACAUGUCAGUGUAGACUCGUUAACAUCCCAGAUACGACUCGAAGAAGAAGGCGAUUGA